UUCAUUGGCGAUUUGUAUUUGCUUGUGCAAUUGCGUCUACUUUGUGCGUCAGGCUGCUGGAUGGCUAUCUCUGUCGCUCCCAUCUCUUAGCUUUACUGAUCGUAAUGCGCUUUCUUGGAUUAUAAGUCUCGAAACUUUUUGGGGGAAGAGCUUGGUCUAUGUUGUUCAUUUACUAUGGCCUUCGUCAAAAGUCAGAAGACCAAGGCUUACUUCAAGCGUUAUCAAGUUAAGUACAAGAGAAGAAGAGUGGGGAAAACUGAUUAUCGUGCAAGGAUCAGGCUUAUUAACCAGGACAAGAACAAAUACAACACACCUAAAUACCGAUUUGUUGUUCGAUUUACUAACAAAGAUAUUGCUGCACAAAUAAUAUCUGCAAGCAUUGCUGGUGAUCUGGUUCUUGCAUCUGCAUAUGCUCAUGAACUCCCCCACUAUGGGCUUGAAGCUGGUCUUACUAAUUAUGCUGCAGCCUAUUGCACUGGACUUCUCUUGGCACGACGCGUUCUGAAGAUGCUUGAAAUGGAUGAAGAAUACCAGGGAAAUGUAGAGGCCACUGGAGAGGACUUUUCUGUUGAACCUGGUGAGAGCAGAAGGCCUUUUCGUGCUCUACUUGAUGUUGGCCUUCUGAGGACAACAACAGGCAACCGAGUAUUUGGUGUUCUUAAGGGAGCAUUGGAUGGUGGACUUGAUAUCCCUCAUAGUGACAAGAGGUUUGCAGGUUUUAAGAAGGAUGAGAAACAACUUGAUGCAGAGGUUCACAGGAAAUACAUCUUUGGUGGUCAUGUUGCUUCAUACAUGAAGACAUUAACGGAGGAUGAGCCAGAAAAGUACCAGGCACACUUCAGUGAAUAUAUCAAGAAAGGAAUUGAUCCUGAUGACAUGGAAGAGAUGUACAAGAAAGUUCAUGCUGCCAUUCGUGCAGAUCCAACAGCAGUGAAAUCCACAAAACCAUCACCGAAGGAGCAUAAGCGAUAUAACCUGAAGAAGCUCACUUACGAGGAAAGGAAGGCUAAACUUGUUGAACGAUUGAACGCCCUUAAUGCAUCUGCCGGUGCUGAUUCUGACGAUGAUGAGGAAGAUGACUAGUGAACAUUUUUUUUUUAUAUUGAAGUGCUAUCUUUGUAUCGUAGCUGCGGUCAUCCAUACUCGUCUUGUUGCAUACGACUCUCUGGUGUUGAGCGAAGUUUUGUUGGUUUAAUCCACAUUCCCCCGAACGUACAAUUGACAAUCGGACUCUAAUUUGGUGUAGUAUGUUGUUGUCGGAAAUUGUCAACCUUUAAAACUA